CCUUCCUUCGUAUCUAACUGCUAUGUACAAUUUAGCACGGUGAUUCAAGAAAGAGAACGAGAAAGAGAGAGAGAGUGCGAGAAAUCAAGAAAUAGACCUUUCGUGUCGAAACAAGUUUUAGUACGCUCGCCUCUAAAGUAAUUGUGAGUGUUAUACUGCGAGUGAUCUAUACAAAGAAGGUAUGUGUCAACCUUCAUCUUGACGGAACUAAAUAAGCAAUGCCUUCAAAACCGCGUCUUCGUUUAUUCCUUUGACGUUUCGAGACGCGUGGUGUGCGAGGUUCUGUUUUCAAGACAUAACGAGGGUGUCGGCCAUCGUGAGUGACCUGACAAGUUUUUAUCGUUCUGUUUCUGAACAAUAUGUAAAACAAUAGAUAAUUGAGUAUGGCAUAAUCAACAACACAAUCUUCUUUGUAUCAAUAUUUUUCUCCAUUUUAAAGUUAAAUCUUCACAGCAAAAUACAUUUUGCCUAUAACUUUCCCCUUAUCGUCAAAGUACAAGUACAACAACGCCAGCGCCAUCGUCAUAAGCUUUACUCCUGGACUCCAAAGAAAGAAGAAAAUGUUAAAUCCGUAGUCGGUAGCGUAAUCAAAUAUGGAAGAUCAGGCCCUGUAGCAGAUUUUCUAAACAUCACAACAGACUGAACUUGACUUGAAAAGACGAAGAUAUUUAAUUUCUUCAUCAAUUGCUGAGAUGGAGCUUCGCGUGGGCAACAAGUACCGGUUAGGAAGAAAAAUCGGGAGCGGUUCCUUCGGAGAUAUUUAUUUAGGCACCAAUAUUUCCACUGGCGAAGAAGUUGCCAUAAAAUUGGAAUGUAUUAAAACACGGCAUCCUCAACUUCACAUAGAAUCGAAAUUUUAUCAAAUGAUGCAAGGCGGUGUUGGGAUACCAACGAUAAAAUGGUGCGGAUCUGAGGGUGAUUAUAAUGUUAUGGUCAUGGAACUGCUUGGACCAUCCCUCGAAGACCUCUUUAAUUUUUGUUCUAGGAGAUUUACAUUAAAAACAGUUCUCCUUCUUGCUGAUCAAUUGAUAAGCAGAACGGACUAUAUUCACAGUCGCAACUUCAUUCAUCGGGAUAUAAAACCUGAUAAUUUUCUUAUGGGACUAGGAAAGAAAGGAAACCUCGUAUACAUUAUAGACUUUGGACUUGCGAAAAAGUAUCGAGAUGGCCGAAAUAACAAGCAUAUACCAUAUCGGGAAAACAAAAAUCUUACCGGCACAGCAAGAUACGCUAGUGUAAAUACGCAUUUAGGAAUCGAACAAUCUCGUAGAGAUGAUCUUGAAUCAUUAGGCUAUGUUCUUAUGUACUUUAAUCGAGGCAGUUUGCCCUGGCAAGGAUUAAAAGCGGCUACCAAAAGACAAAAAUAUGAGCGAAUUUCAGAAAAGAAAAUGUCUACUCCCAUUGAAGACUUGUGCAAAAGUUACCCGGCUGAAUUCACAACGUAUCUGAAAUACUGCAGACAAUUACGUUUUGAAGAAAAGCCGGACUACUCGUAUCUCCGGCAUCUAUUCCGAACUUUAUUUCACAGCCAGGGCUUCACGUAUGAUUAUGUAUUUGACUGGAAUUUAUUGAAAUUUGGAAGCGCGAGGCAACCAUCUUUGCCUUCGUCGCAACAAGCACCAACGCAUUCGCAACCAACCAAUGCUCCUCUCCCCUCUGGGACCAAUAAUGAUCAAGAUCAUAGAGCAAGACCUUAUACGCGACAAGGACUGGCGAAUGCUUCUGGUGCAGCAGUGGGUUCAACAAUGGUUUAUGCUGGUAUUCCCGAGCGAAAGACAAAACUCCAACACAAUCCUGAUAUUCGUGGUGACCAGGACAAUCAGGACAACCCAGGUAAAAAGCAAGCAUACUACUCCAAAUUCUUUGUGAAUGAACAACAAUCGGAUCACAAAGUGCACCAAUCUCAGGAAAGUGCAGCCUGUGAGACGUCGAAAUUAAAUCUUGAUAAAUUUAGUUCUUUUAAUAAAACCUCACCCGAUAAUAAAGCCAAUCCCGCAAAUUGUCCAGACAUAUCGUGUCUCAGUUUGGAGCAUCACAAAAUAACUCGAAAACAUUCAAACUAUAGUUCUCAACGAUCUCGCGAUCAUUGUUUUCUUCCUUCAUCAAUUGAUAAACAGAGUCAUUCUUUUCAUGGUUAUAAAACUGAAAAUGAUAAAGAUUUUGAUACUUUAGAAAAAGACAAACAUUGUUCAGAAAUGAGUAAAAGUGAGAUAAAUAACGCGAAAAGAUUGUCAUUUAGAAAAAAGAAAACAUUAGAUUCAAUAGAUGAUGCAAAUGCAAAAAGCUUGUAUUUUUUACCCGAUGACACACCUGAAUUACAUCAUGAGAAUCAACAAAUUUUAAAUUCUUCAGAUUCAAAAAAAGAAAUUAAAAUAUCUAAACCGGGUCUAUUUCAAAGAAUAAGUCGUAAUUUAAAUUUUUUCACUAAAGACAUUGAUUCAAAUCAAGAAAAUUCCAAGAGAGAAAAUACAAAUGCACCAUUAACAGCAACUGAAAGAUGUGAAUAUUAUUGCUCGCAAGUCUAUCCCAAGGAUCAGGUUUUUUUAGACGAAUAUCCCAUUCUACGGAAUGGACAAGAGCUGAUGAAAAUGAACAAUUGGAAUCAAAACGAAAAGAAUCAAAAUGUGAAAAAUCUAAAUAUGAUAAUGAGAAGGGAAAAAAUGAACGAUUGUCAAUUAGAAGAAGAAAAUCAGAGGACGAUGUUUUGGGAGAUGUUCCAAGAGAAAUCCGAGAACGAGAAGAAGUCAUACAUGAAUUACAGCGUCGAUUACAGCGACAGAGAUUGUCUAACGCACGUGACAACGAGUGGAAACAAAGACAGUCUCGAGAUUGGAUAUUCAAUAAGUCAACUGGGGACGUAUUGCCUUCGGAAUCCGAACAAUUUGGAAAAUAUACAAGUGACCGAGACAAUGACGGCAGGAGAAAGUUGGGAACGGUGCCUAGGGUGGAUCACAAAAGUCGACUUGGACGCUUUGAGUCAAGGAACAAAUUCAAGUGAUUCUAUUGGUCACGCGAAACCUCAAGGAAAACUUGAUAUUAUUAAAGGAAUUCUCUUGGAUAUAUUUGUCUGUAUAUGUUUUUAAGAAUUUUUUUUUUCGAAAUAUUUGACAAUCUCCGUCAAAGUCUUUAAGAGAACAUAGACUCGUGAUGCUCCACUGAGAUUCUGAUUUGAUUUCAGUAAAUUAUAUUUUAAGGAAUUUAUACAUUUACUAUUAUUUGUAUUUUAAACUGCGUAUAUAAUAUUUUAUAAUUUUUUUGUUCUACGGUUAUAUUAUGUAUUAUUUACAGUAUCGUGUUUGUAUUUAGUUUUUUUUUUUUAAUUUGAAUAAGCUUUCUAGCUUUAUAUUUUUUUUCAUUGCUACAUUUUCAAGAUAUUUUUUCAUUUUUAAAUAAUACAAUUUUUUUCAAUAACAGUUAAAAUUGAUUUUGGAUCUUGAAAUAUAUAUUUUUUUUAUAGUAUUUUUUUAUGUGAAUGAAAAAUUAUUAUUUGAGAGACUCUGCACGAAAAUGUGUGUGUGUGUGAGAUAUUUGUCUACCAUUUUUCAAUCAUUCCCUUAAUUAAUAUUUUGAUUUAUUGAAUUUGAAAAAGAAAGGAAUUUAUGCUUUUAAUUUCAAUAUUCGUAAAAGAUUAUAAAAAUGAAUAAUAUCGAUGCAGUUAAUUAUAUUUAUGUAGUAUUUUUCUUAUUUAAUAAUCAGUACUUUAUCAUUUUUAUUUGCUUGGUAUUUAGUAAAUGUGCAAUUUGAAUGAUUUUGAAAAAUUACAGUGUCAAAUAGAAGAUAAUUAUUAUAUUUGCAUAUGUGUGUAUGUGGGUGAGUGAGUGUGUGAGUGUGCGCACAUAAAAUAUACAGUGCAGUCAGUGAAGUAGUAGCCUUUUUAUGAUUGCAUUUUUUUUUGCUUGCAUUCACACUUUCAUUGGCUAUUAUUUAACAGACCAUACUUGUAUAUAUGUAUAUACAUAUAAUUAAAAAAACAUACCUAUGCUUUAAAAUUCCGUUGAAUAAACUAUUCAAGUUUCUCAUUUUCUUUUUUUUUAAAAAAGAAACUUCAAAAAUCAAAUGCAAGGAUAGUUUUCAGUGGAAUUUUGCAACUGAUGAUGUUUUUUUUUUUUUUGAUAGAUAUUUGGAAACAAACUUUAGCUAACUAGAAACACUGUUUUAUUCGUAUUAAUGCCAUAGAUAAAUAAAUGUUUUUCCAUUCAA